AUUUGUGAAAUGGGUGGACUUUGAUUCGUGAGUAACAUAUCUUCACGUAUGACACUGAACUUUGUUUAUGCUUGCGAUUUAAAUCAUGCUUUGUAGAGGAAAUUUGAGUGCAAGAAGUUUUCGUAUAUAUUUCAACACAUCAAAAUUUUAUUCAAGUGGUCCAGACAAACCCUCAGUAGUUCCACAAAACCCACUAGCUGAAAUACAUGGUGCCUCAUUACAAAAACAGAAUGGUGAGAUAUAUGACAAGAAACCAUUCAAAAUGAAAUGUGAGAAAGGAAAAACCUACAUGUGGUGUCUGUGUGGGAGGAGUAAAAGUCAGCCUCUAUGUGAUGGGACUCAUAAAAAUGCAUACCUGAAUACUAAGCUACGGCCAGUUAAAUUCCAAGUAACAGAGGAUAAAGAAUACUGGUUGUGUAAUUGCAAGCAGACAUCAAAGAGACCUUUCUGUGAUGGAACUCACAAAAGACCAGAGAUCCAGGCAGCUGUUAAAUCAUGAUAGCGUGAAGGAUGCUGUAGAUAAAAAUGUUUGUAGUUGUUUUUGUUAUUUGUUUAAAAUUUAAUAAUAAAUUUUGUCUUGAGAAAUAGCAUACAAUAAUUAUGCUGAAGGUCUUUACUUUUCUUGAUUACCAAAUUCUGGCGCACUGUACCUGUAUGUCAGCCAUAAUGGUUCUGAUUUAAAAAAAAAAUAGUUUAUUUGUGUAUGCUGUUUUUCAUUAACUAUUAUUUACAUUGUUUUGUAGUUAACUCUAGUAGUUAAAAAAUUUAUUUGUGGAAAUUA